UGGGGUUUUGGUUUGUGCUAAAAGGAUGGGUCACGGAAGAAGUCUUUGGACAUUCUGUGGCAGUGCUUGGCUAUGUGGCCCCAGAGAUGAUCCUACACAAGGGCCCACACAACCUCAGUGGACUAUUGGGCCCUCGGGCGUAUUUGUUUAUGAGCUGCUCAAUGGGAGUCCUCCAUUUUCAGCUUCAGACCCAAUGGAAAACGUACAUGGCCAUCCUUCAAGGCAUAGACGCAGUAGAGUUCCCUAAGCCUAUCUGCAAAGCUGCUGCCAACCUUAUCAAGAGGCUUUGCAGGAGCAACCCCUCCGAGAGGCUGGGGAGCCAGAGGAGUGGGGUCAAGGAUAUGAAGAGGCACAAGUGGUUCGAUGGGUUCGACUGGGAAGCUGUCUGCAAACGCACCAUUACUCCACCUAUCCUGCCUUGUGUUCAUCACGCCCCAGAAUACAGAGAGGCCAGGCCACCUCAUGGUGACAAUGGAAACUCAUCACGCACUGAAAUACCACACUGGGAAAAAGACUUCUGAUGUUUACACUGAUUUUGUGUAGUCCAAAAACAAGAAAAGGAGUGGACCAUGACAUGCAAACUGAAUGUGACUGCAGUAACUGGAAUGUGUCUGUCCGUAGUGGUUUUUGGACACCUUUUGUAACAUUUUCUGUUCGCUAUCCUGGGCAAGGCCAAGGAUCAUUUGCAUUUUUAAAUCAUAGUCCUUUACUAUUAUAUUAACAUAGGUUCACACUCCUCAUUUUCUAAAUGUUUACAAUCAGUUACAUGUGAAAUGGGUUGAAGCUUGCACAGUUAAUUCAACUGUAACAUAAAAAUAUAAUUCGGUGGAUAUAGGAACUUUAAAAGGUUUACGUGCUUUAAAUACGUACAUAUUUUCUAUAGUUGCAUUAUUGACGUGCCAGACAAGUGAUAUGUGAAAUAAAGCAUCAAGAAUUCUGUUUUCUCAAGAAAAAAAUAAAUCCUUUAUCUUCUUCA